UUUUGAACCUUGGGAUGGACCAGUUUCAUUCUUGUCCAAAAUAGAACCAUUUUAACAACCCAACAGACUAUCCAUGUCUUCAUGAAUUAUGUACAAACAAAAUUGUUCAUCACCAUUGAAUUUCAAUGUUUAGGUUAUGUAAUACGCAGUGAAGUCAACAUUUAUCCUAGUACAUUUUUUUUCCAGCUCUAAUUGUAUUUUCUGAUGGACGUUAUAUUGGUGCAAUACUUGAUCGUAAUGGUCUUCGCCCAGCUCGUUUUUAUGCAACCAGUGAUGAUAUGGUGUAUAUGUCAAGUGAAGUUGGCGUAGUCGAUAUACAACCUGAUGUGAAAAUCAUACAAAAAGGUCGCCUAAAAGCUGGACGUCUAUUGAUUGUUGAUACAGAAAGUGGACAGCUAUUAGAUGAUGAAUCGCUUAAAUCCAAAAUUGCUACCAAACACCCGUAUGAUGUUUGGCUUAAAGAAGGAGCUAUUGAUUUGCCCGAAAUGCAUAGGGCUUUUGCGAAUUCCCCUGAACACUAUAAGAGAAUCACAACACUCGAGCCCUCAAUCAUUGAUGAUCGUCGCCUUCCACUAUUUGGGUAUAAUCCAGAAAAUAUCAAUCUUCUAAUUUUGCCCAUGUUGAAAACCAGCAAAGAAGCUCUAGGAUCUAUGGGGAAUGAUGCUCCACUGGCUUGUUUAUCUGAACAAAAUCCCCAUGUAUUUGACUAUUUUCAGCAGUUAUUUGCUCAGGUCACAAAUCCUCCUAUCGAUCCAUUUCGUGAACGCAUUGUAAUGACAUUGAUGUGUCCUAUCGGACCGCAGAAAAAUAUUUUGAUUCCAUCCAGAGCACAAACUCAUCGUUUAUGGCUUGCGAAUCCGAUUUUGUCAUUGAAGGAUAUGGCUUUGUUACGAUCACUAGGAGGCAAUCCUCCAUCACAAUCUGAGGAUGUAAAAACUACAAGUACUGUUCUCUCUUGGCGUAGUGUUAUUUUGGAUACUACAUUAUCUGUAAAUGAAGGUUCUGGAGAAAUUUCAUUGGGAUCGAAACUGUUCCAGUUUCUACAAGACCUCUGUGAUAAGGCUGAGAACGCAGUUUUACACGAUAGUGUGGAUUUGUUAAUAAUUUCUGAUAGGGCCAGUAGUCGAGAUCGGCUUCCUGUCCCAAUACUGUUAGCUGUAGGGGCGGUACAUCAACGUUUAGUUCGUCGUGAGCUUCGCAUGAGGGUUGGGAUAAUUGCGGAAACGGGUGAAUCAAAAGAAGUUCAUCAUUUUUGUACACUUAUUGGUUUUGGUGCAGAUGCAAUAUGUCCUUACCUAAUUUUUGAAUCUGUCUCACGUUUGAACUGUGAAGGUCUUCUAACAUCAGCUACAGUUGUGAAUGAAGAAGAAUUAUAUUCAAGUUUCAUAACAUCUGUUGAACGUGGUAUACUUAAAGUGAUGGCUAAAAUGGGAAUCUCAACAUUGCACAGCUACAAGAGUGCUCAGAUAUUUGAAGCCGUUGGCUUAGCGCAAUCUGUGAUUGAUAUGUGUUUCUGUGGCGCCGUAAGUCGUGUAGGCGGAGCAGAUUUCGAAAUAUUAGCAAGAGAGGUUACCGCACGUCACCGACUAGCCUAUCCAGAAUGUCAAACACUUUGCACUAAAGUACUUGAUAAUCUUGGUCAGUUCGGGAAUAAUCCUGGAUUUUAUCACUGGAGACUUGGUGGAGAAAAUCACAUGAACAGCCCAGAGGUGAUAGCAAAACUUCAGGCUGCAUCCCGUAAUAAUAGCCAUGAAGCUUACAACAUGUUUGUCCAAGUCUCUGAUGAGUGUUCGCGUCACUGCACUCUACGUGGACAGCUGGAUUUUAAUUAUUCGGAAAAUCCUUUACCGUUGGACUUAGUGGAAUCGGCUGUAGAAAUAGUAAAACGUUUUUCCACAGGUGCAAUGAGUUUGGGAAGUAUUUCUUCAGAAGCUCAUACUGCUUUGGCUAGGGCUAUGAAUAAACUUGGUGGACGUUCGAACACUGGUGAAGGAGGUGAGCUCCCAGAACGUUAUAAGAAUCCUGAAAUAUGUUCUGCUAUAAAACAGGUUGCUUCAGGCCGUUUCGGUGUGAACAGUUCAUACCUAGCCCAUGCUGAAAUGCUGCAAAUAAAGAUGGCUCAAGGUGCUAAACCUGGUGAAGGUGGCGAAUUGCCAGGUUAUAAAGUUACUGAGGAGAUCGCUAAUACACGUUAUUCAGUGCCUGGUGUGGGUUUGAUCAGUCCACCACCACAUCAUGAUAUUUAUUCCAUAGAAGAUUUAGCUCAGCUGAUUUAUGACUUGAAAGCAGCCAAUCCAUUUGCUGUGGUUAGUGUGAAACUGGUAUCUGAAAUUGGAGUCGGUAUCGUUGCUGCUGGUGUGGCAAAGGCUCGCGCAGCACAUAUAACAAUUUCUGGUCAUGAUGGUGGUACUGGUGCUAGUAGUUGGACAGGAAUCAAACAUGCUGGACUUCCUUGGGAAUUGGGUAUUGCAGAGACUCAUCAAUCCCUGACCAGUCAACAGGCGCGUUCACGAGUUAAACUUCAGGUUGAUGGACAAAUACGCACAGGACGAGACGUGGUCAUAGCAUGCAUUCUGGGAGCUGAUGAAUUCGCAAUGUCAACUGCACCACUUAUCGUAUUAGGUUGCACAAUGAUGCGUAAAUGUCAUUUAAAUACUUGUCCAGUAGGAAUAGCUACACAAGACCCAAUUCUAAGAAAGAAAUUUGCUGGUAGCCCAGAACACGUAAUCAACUACCUAUUUCUUUUGGCUGAAGAAGUUAGACAAUACUUAAGUCGUUUGGGUGUGUCUUCAUUGAGAGAAAUUGUUGGACGUACAGAAUAUCUGAAGCCUAGAAAACCUUGUUUAACUGCAAAAUCUCAGCUAAUUGACCUCAGCCGUUUAAUGAUUAAAACGGAACCAGAUGAAGUGCAUUAUGGUUCAUUAAGACAAAGUGAUUCAGUGAAAGAUUUCCGUGAAAAUCCAACAACAUUAUCAUUUGCUGACCUCUUGCCGGCUGAUCGUCGUUUAGAUAUAAUAAUAUUACGCGCUGCUCAUAAAUUAAUCGAUGCUCCAGAAAAUAUAGAACUCAAUCCUUCUGAAUCAGUAGUAUAUGUGACCGAAUCAAUUAAUAAUUCAGAUCGCACAGUUGGCACUACUCUAAGUUACGCCAUUUCAGCCAAAUUUGCUGAAAAAGGAUUACCACAUAAUAGACGGAUUAUGGUAAAUGUCAGUGGCAGUGCAGGUCAGAGUUUUGGAGCUUUCCUCGCUCACGGCGUUCAUAUUCGCCUGGAAGGCGAUGCAAAUGAUUAUGUCGGGAAAGGUUUAUCAGGUGGAAAAAUCACAAUCGUUCCACCCAAACAUUUAUUAGAAGAAGGAUAUAAAUCAGAAGAUAACCUAAUUGUCGGUAAUGUUUGCUUAUAUGGUGCCAUAGAAGGACGUCUCUUUUUAAGAGGACAGGCAGCUGAACGAUUCUGCGUACGCAAUUCCGGAGCUACUGUUGUUGUUGAGGGUGUUGGUGAUCAUGGUUGUGAAUAUAUGACUGGAGGCCGUGCUGUCAUACUUGGACGUACUGGACGUAAUUUUGCUGCAGGUAUGUCAGGUGGUCUAGCCUUUGUUUAUGACCCACUCGGGUUGAAUGGAGACUUUGUAAAAAAGUGCAAUAUGGAAUUAAUCGAUUUGGAGUUGAUGAAUUCACAGAAUACAUACAGUGGUUGGCUUAAAGAAAUACUGGUUGAAUUUGUAAAAGAAACCGAUUCACAGGUCGGGAUAAAUAUUUUGGCAGACUGGAAUAAAUCCAUCAAUCAUUUCGUACUUGUAUUUCCACGAGAUUAUAAGAAUGCAUUGGCCAAACUUAAAGCUUCCACAACUGCUACUGAUUCCAAGGUACAAAAAACUAGUCCUUUUGUUGAAAGUAAUAAAGUCAAUGCUCAUGGAACACAAACUACAGAUAUUGAAGAUGUAAUUAGUGAUGAGCCAACAGAGAAACUGGACAAAGUGCGCGGCUUCGUCAAGUAUGCCAGACAGAAGCAAAAUUAUCGUCCAGUUGAAGAACGUGUAAAAGACUGGGAAGAGGUUUACGCUCUAAAACAAAUACGCCAAGGUUUGGUCAAACAAGCUGCUCGCUGUAUGGAUUGUGGUGUGCCAUUUUGUCAAUCAUACGUUGGGUGUCCUCUUGGGAAUCUUAUUCCAAACUGGAAUGACUUGGUAUUCAAGGGUGAUUGGCACGCUGCUCAUAUUGCUUUGGCACAAACCAAUAAUUUCCCUGAGUUCACAGGUCGUGUAUGCCCAGCACCUUGUGAAGGUGCUUGUGUACUUGGUAUAAACUCUGAUCCAGUGACUAUAAAGCAUAUUGAAGGUACCAUUGCAGACAAAGCCUGGGAAAAUGGCUGGUUACAUCCUAUUCCUGAUGAGAAUCGUAUACCAACUGGUAAACGUAUUGCAAUUGUUGGUAGCGGUCCAUCCGGUUUAGCUUGUGCAGAUCAACUAAAUAAGGUUGGACACGAUGUAAUAGUAAUCGAACGAAGAAACUUACCUGGUGGUUUACUACGAUAUGGAAUUCCAACUAUGAAACUUUCUCGUGAAGUUCUAGAUCGCCGAUUAAAUCUAAUGAAAGCUAAUGGCGUUAAGUUUGAGCUAAAUACACGCGUCGGUAAUGAUGGCCAACCCUCAGAACCCAGAGAUUUAAAUUCUGUUUGUCGCGAUCCAGCAGAUAAAGAAAACAUUUGGUCAGCUAGAAAACUACUGGAUGAAUUUGAUGCAAUAGUUUUAUGUUUGGGUGCCACUUGGCCUCGCGAUUUGAAUAUUCCAGGUCGUCAACUUCAAGGUAUUCAUUUUGCUAUGAGUUUCCUUGAACGCUGGCAACGUUAUCAACACAAGAAUAAGAUUAAGCACACAUAUUUUGAUCUUCAAAACGACAAUAAUUUUGAUUCUGAUUCUGUGGCUACAUUAGCCAAAGGUAAACGUGUAGUUAUACUUGGUGGGGGUGACACAGGUGUUGAUUGUAUUGCUACAUCUGUACGCCAUGGAGCCGAAAAUAUUCGUGUGUUUGAGAUUCUCCCACCGCCGCCAACUACUCGUGAUAUUAAUGAAAAUCCAUGGCCUGAAUGGCCUCGCAUAUGGAGAGUAGAUUAUGGGCACUCAGAGGUUGCUGUUCGUAUAAAUGGAGACCCAAGACAAUUUAAUACAAUAACUAAAGAAUUUCUAGACAACGGCAAAGGAUCAGUAGGCGGGAUACGUACUGCUAAAGUUGAAUGGACCAAAUCAAGUACCGGAAAGUGGUUAAUGAAUGAAGUACCAAAUUCUGAGGAAACAUUUGAAUGUGAUUUGGUCUUACUAGCUAUGGGUUUUUUGGGACCUGAAACUACAUUAGCCAAAGAAUUUGAACUAAGUUUGACUAAUCAGUCAGUUAUUCAAGUGCUACCCGAUAAACCAUACACUACACACAUUCCUAAGGUUUAUGCUGCAGGAGAUUGUCGACGUGGGCAAUCUCUCGUGGUACAUGCAAUUAACGAGGGUAGGCUUGCAGCACGUCAAGUGGAUCUUGAUCUAAUGGGUAAAACUCAACUUCCAGGUCCUGGUGGAAUAAUAAAAACUGCGAAUCUAAGAUAAAUUUCCAGACUAUUUAGAUGCUUCUGCUUGCGCGCUUCUUUACACAUACACACAUUAACUUUAAUUUACUGCAACGGAUCUGACUGGUGCUCAGAAAGGACUCCUAAAAUAGUCAUUUUCUUCAUCCUUAUAUUUACUGAUUUCAAACCUAUUUUCUGAAUUAAUCUCAUGACACGAAGUUGCUUUCAGUAAACUCAUUUACGUUCAUCUUAUGUUAAACAUUUUGUUAUUGAGAAAAAUAUCUAUAAAACUUAGGACUUGUUCUACUUUAUUUAUGGGAAACGCUAAUUGAGAGAGAAUCAGCAAAUGUGUUCUAUUUGGCUUACUAUAGAUUUCUGCAAUAGUUAUCCUUUUUAGGAGAGUGUCAUAUAACUAUUUAUUGAAGUAUGAUCACGUGCAUCCGUAUACAUAAGUAGAUAAUCAAGAAUAUUCUUUGUGAAAUUUUCUCCACUUUUUUAUUUGAUCAUCAGAAUUUCUUCAUCAAGUGAAAUACACAGAUCUCGCCCUCUAUGACGUUUAUUCUCGUCAUUCCAUCAUAAAAUAUAUAAUCUAUCUAGUAGAUCACUUUAUUUCUCAAUAUAGUUAUAUUCAAUGCUGAAUUCGGUUCAGUCCUUUUUCUGUUUCAUGUGUGUGGGUGUCUAUAUGCUUGGCUACUUCUUAUCUUCCGUUAUUCACCCAAUUUUCGGUUCUGGAGUAAGACGGCCAGUCAGCAAAGAUGAAACGAACGAAAAACUAACACCUUUUCAUUGAGAUUGUUAGAAGUUUAUUCUCGUUCAUUGAAGCAGGCAAAGUGAACACACAUGUUACUAGUUGUAGGGAAGGGAUGUUGGAAUAUUUACUCCUUUUGAUUAAUCUAUACAUAAAUCAUCCCAUUUACAGUAUAAAUAAGAUUGCCUUUAUUAUUGUUGUUAUUAUUAUUGUUAUCAUUAUCAGAAUCGUUGCAGUAAAUAUAUCGUAUUUUGUGUGUAUUUUGAAUUGCACACAUGUUUAUCUUGUCGUUUCUGUUAACUUCACCCAGGCAACUUGCCUAUCUUUCUUUUUUCUCUAUCUCUCAAGCUUUUCCUUAUUGGUCUGUUUGAUAUAUGUUACACAUGGUCAAGUGAAAAAGUAUUCUAUAAACCUAAUUAUUUUUAAUGCCAGUAAUAUAGAAAUACACUGAAGGUAUUUUGUUUCACAUUUUGGUAUUUUCUCAAAAUAAUCCAUUAAGCUGGUUGAUACUGAUAUGGGCAUGGAAGUGGGGAUGUAGAAAUAUUUAGGCUAGAGCUUGAUAAAUGAAACAAUCAUCUGUAAAUUAGUGCUAGUAAAAAUAUUUAUCUUCUAUUAAUCAGAUUGGCUUUACAACUAUAUUCUAUCUAUCCGUUUCAGUGCAUACGAAUUAAAUGUAGACAAGUGACUGAUUGAGAUAUGCAUCUGCAUACUUGUUGAUCACUGAAGAGUAGAGUGAAUCCUAUCAACUGUGUUUGUAAUGUGGUCAUCAAUUGAAUGGUUACAUUGGUUGAGUACUUUUCAAUAGCAAUGUCCUGUAUGCUUGUUCCUCAGUGUUGAUCAAAUUUUACCGAUUAAGUUACUAUAUAACCAACAGUCUAGGUUGUGCUAGGUGACUAGAGGUUCUCAGCAGGAAACCCUGAACCGGGGUUUUCUGUUAUUUGGCACCAAAUAACAAGAUGUAUCAGUAAUCUUCAGGAGAAUGAUCUUGGUCCUACAGGUCAGUUAAAGCCUGAAUAGCUUGAAGGUGACGUCUCAUAUUAUGAAGCCGGAUGAAUUCUAUGAGGCACACUAUUUUUCUGAGCAUCGAAAGUACCCCUUCGAUGUGCUAACUAGCACAAAAGUCCAGGAUUUCAUGCCGAUUAUCUUCAAACAUCAAAUCUAAAUGGUUCCAUAUCAUGUUGAACGAGGUUAAGUAUUUUAUCUUUCCAACCAAUAAACAAUAAUUUCUAAACUAGGCUAUUCACAUCAUGGAAUUUUGCAGAAAAAUAUAUCUGUAAAGCUAGGAAAUCUUACGUUUUAUCAAACUUUGAUCCGCACUAUUCAGUGCCACAAACAAGAACCUAAUAACUGUCUACGUCAAACUCCUUGUAUUAUUUAUCAUUUUCGCUUUUAAUGGUUUGAUAAAUAUAUGGUAAUUAAAGGCCAUUCAUUUGAUACUCUCUUUAUAGUUGCAUACGAUUGCAGCACCCCUAAAAUGACGAGAAAUAUAUUCUUUUCAAAUUCAAUGAAAACCUUACUUCUAAUAAUAAAGUGUGACUCAAUGAUUCUUAGUAUUGUUAAGGUAAAUAGUUGCAUGUAAACAGUACAUUCAGAUGUGAGAUAUUUGUUUAUUUCUAAAUCUCUGUCAAUUGAAUCCAGACAAUCAAUUAUGAAUCAUCGAAUACAAUCACUCAAUUUAAAAACUAGGGUACUGAAGUUAUUUUCUAUCAGUAAUAAAAAUAUAGACAUGACAUUAGUUGUCAACCAAUAACUAGGUUUUGUACUGAAAAUACCACUUAAGAAAUCUGUAUCAGAAAGUAAGAAACUACUAAUGAUAUUGAAGUAUUGAGUUCUAUCUUAGGAACAAUGUAAUUUUAUCAUGUUAUAUCCAACUAAUUAAAUAGUUCUAUUUAAGAAAUACAUUCCUUUAAUAAACCGGGGGGGGAUUAAAGCCGUUCAAAAUGAUUAUUCAAUACUACUAUAAACUAAAAUUACAAUACUAUAGUGGAAUCUAUUCCUCAAGUUUUAAGUUGAGCAGCUUGGUUCAACUUCGUGCACCUAGCAAGGUCCAUAAAGUUAUUUUCUUAUAAGUUUACAACGUUAUUCUCCUGACAUCUUGUUAGACAUACAUGUUUGGUUGUUUCUUAUACUUAUAUUUAGAAAAUAUCCAGGUUGGUACAAAACACAUGAAGAUUUUCAAAUUCAUCUGAAAUCAUUUAAAAACUGUAGACAAUAAAUAUUCGUUACGUUUUACAAAAUAGCAUAAAUUUUACUCAUGUUAAGCAGUUGGAUAAAAGAACUAGAAGCAUCAUUGUGCAUGAGUUGGCAGUUUAUGAAUUGUCUGUUUCUACUGAAUUUCAUUAAAUAUCUACAGUAUGUCUUUGUUACUGAGAACCAAACGGUCAACACAUUUCUUUGUAGGACUAACAUAAACAAAUCUCAAAAGCUUAUAAACACUAUUUAUGCUAAGACUUUUUCAGGAUACAAGAUUUAGUUUUUCGCUACAAUUAAUUCAAUUGAAUGGGUGAUGGUUACAGUUCGUCAGCUACACCCGAUAUCGUAGUAUCGGUCCUUGAACUGUUUUUAGAGUUCAUAGUGACGCUGAUGUAGUACAUUAAUAUAAGGAAGAAUUAUUUAUCUUAUUAAUUCAUUCAUCAAACUUAAAAACCGUGAUUCAAACACUGCAUUUGUUAGUUACUCACACGUUUUGUUUACACUAGUGAGUAACUUUAUCGUCCUAUCCGAGAAUUUGAACUUUAACGGACAAUAAAUUUAAUUAAAUGUAUUCCUAGUGACACAGUGAGCACUUAUAGGAAUAAACUCGAUGUAUCAUUUUACUUAGCCUAGGUUAAACCAGCUGAUCCUAUGAACAACAGAGGAUAAAAUCUUUUCAUUAUUGAAUUUUCAUCUAUAAUAGAGGUUCACAAAAUUAGUUGAAAUUUAUACCUGAUUUGACUCCUAUCAAAAUAACAAUAAGCUUUUCUAGUUACAAAAAAGGCUUAACAAUUCUAAAAUGAACAUACAAAACUGAAUAUCCUUUUCGUCAAAUUGGAGUUUUUACUGUAUUAGUUGUAUUAUGUUAAUCUUAUCAACAUUAUCUUCCUAUUUAUAGGGCCCACAUCAGAAACUACCGUUCAUGGUUUCAGAAGAUGGUAUGUUUAACUGUCUUUGACUAACAAUCUACGAAAUUUGAAUUAAAAAUUUUAAAUAGUACGCUCGUGAACUUCGAAGGUGCAUGGAUUUAGCAGGCUAAGUAUGAUUCUGAAAACUGAGUAUUACAGUUCUAGAUUCGUCAUUUUAAAUCGUUUAUACGACAACGUACAUGUAGACCAAGUUGUCAAUAAAUACUUAUUAUGCACACUUUAAGGUUAGAUAAGAAAAUGAAAGGAAAUUAGUUUCCCUAUUUGUUGAACUAGUCAUGAAUACUAAUGCUUCACAAGGAUUCUCUUCCUAUUCAAUUAGCUGACGUAUAACUUAUAAUUUUGCUCACGAUAAGCUGGAGAAUGAAUUAUUUGCAGUCGGAUUAAGACUUUCUAUAUUAAGCAAUAGCUCAAACCAAAGCACAAAGGUAAAGAAGGUAUAAUCAAUGAUUGAACAGUAUGGAAAUCAUCUAUCUGUUCAAUUUUCAGAAAUCCAGAUAAAUUUUAAAUGACUAUUAAUUAAUUCCAAUGUGAAAUGUUGUUCACUUUCAUUUUCAGCUGGUUUGCAUAUAAAUAUUAGGAACAAAAAUUCUAAAAAAAAAACAAGGUUACUAAUCAAUAAUAACAUAGAAGAGGUACAAACAUGAAGUAUGUUAAACAGGUGAAUAUG